AAGGAUUCAUUCGAUCAAAUCCUUCAUCUGGGACCACUCGCCGAGUCGUACUUUUUAACACUGCAGAACAAUUGGACGAGCCACAAUUUGCGGGGAGUUCUGUUGCUUAACAUCAAUUACAGUCACAAAGGAAAGAGAGUUAUAAAAAAAGUAUUGUAUCCAGACUGAGCAUCUUUCUUUGCCACCAGCUAUGGAGAGGGUUGUCAGAUUAUGCCCUAUUUGGCACAAUAACGUUUUUUGGUUUAUGCUUUUGAUAAUCAUAUAUUUCUUUCUAGCCGCUAAAUCAGAGCUAACUUGCAGAUCAUGUCAGCCGGGAGAUAAGGGGCGUAUUAAGGAAUUACUGCUUAAAACGGACACACGAGUAUUCGCAACAGGGUACGGAGAGGAAGUUAUUGGAAAUGGAGACGGGGCAACUGAUUCACGGAGUUUAAAUUCUGCAAGUGCCGAAACUCAACAGCUUGAUUGCGCAGCUGGGUCCGAUGCAUGCAUCCAGGGGAAAUAUAUCUACUCAAGGCGAAAACGGAAUACUGACAUGCUGUUCCGUUCCAAGAACGCACUACUCGAUGGAGGAAUGCACUACGGUGGUGGUAAACAGAGAAAAUUCACCCCGCGCGGUGAGUACAAAGUUUCCAACCUGAAAAUGAACCUUCAUGCAGGAAAUACAGAUGUCGGGAAGGCUCGCGCAGAUUUAAUUCCCGGCAUCACACACAAGCACCGAGUUCGUAGGAACAGCCCGAGAGCUAAUAUUGGGGACGAUAAAGUGAAGUCCUCCGGCUCACCCAAGAGAAGGGAGACGCUGCCUCUGAGUUACUCUCGAGAGGGCAUCACCUCACCGGCUGGGCGCAGCAGAGUGACACGGUCCGAAUUGCGAUGGAGCAACGAGGACAGGAGAGCGGCCAGUUCGAGGCAGGACGAACUCAAACUCACCAGUUCAACCUUCGCUUUGACCGGAGAUUCCGCUCACAACCAAGCCAUGGUGCACUGGUCUGGGCAAAACAGCAGUGUGAUUCUCAUGCUGACCAAGCUGUUUGACUUCAACCUGAACAGUGUCACGGAGAGCUCGUUGUGGAGGUCAACCGACUACGGAACCACUUACCAGAAGCUCAAUGAGAAAGUGGGGGCGAAAACAAUCCUCAGCUACUUGUACGUCAGUCCCAACAACAAGAGAAAGAUCAUGCUUCUGACUGACCCGGAGGUGGAAAGCAGCCUGCUGAUCAGCUCCGAUGAAGGAGCCACCUAUCAGAAGUACCGCCUCAGCUUCUACAUCCUCAGCCUUCUCUUCCACCCCGAGCAGGAGGACUGGAUCCUUGCCUACAGCCAUGACCAGAAGCUGUACAGCUCGGUGGAGUUUGGAAGGAGGUGGCAACUUGUCCAUGAGAGGGUGGCCCCCAAUCGAUUCUACUGGUCAAAAACGGGUUUAGACAAAGAACCGGGCUUAAUUCACCUGGAAACCAUCAUCUCUGAAGGACAGGCGCUGUACGUCACCUGCAAGCUGCAGAACUGCACCGAGGCCAAUAAGGGCAAGCCGUUCCCUGGCUACAUUGACCCCAAUUCCCUUGUGGUGCAAGACGAGUAUGUGUUUGUCCAGGUGUCAACUGGUGGGCGUCCAAUCUACUACGUGUCAGCCAAGCGGGAAGUCUUCACACCCAUGAAGCUACCCAAAUACACCUUGCCUAAGGAUCUACAUGUGAUCAGUACGGAUGAGAACCGGGUGGUUGCGGCGGUGCAGGAGUGGAACCAGAACGACACCUACAACCUGUACGUGUCAGAGACUGGAGGGGUCUUCUACACCCUGGCCCUGGAGAACGUAGUCAGCAGCAUGGGGCACGAGGGCAACGUCAUGAUAGACCUGUAUGAGGUGGCGGGAAUAAAAGGGAUGUUCCUCGCCAACAAGAAGACGGACAACGUGGUGAAGACUUACAUCACCUACAACAGAGGGAGAGACUGGAGGCUCCUGCAGGCUCCCACCGCUGACCUGAGGGGCAACAGCAUCCGCUGUGAACUACCAUACUGUUCCCUACACCUCCAUCUGCAUGUGUCGGCCAACCCCUACACAUCGGGGAAUAUCGAGAGCAAGGACUCUGCUCCGGGGAUCAUCGUGGCCUCAGGCUCCAUCGGAGCGGAGUUGACCACCAGCAACGUGAGCAUGUUCAUCACCUCGGACGCCGGCAACACGUGGAGACAGAUCUUUGAUGAGGAGUACAGUGUUCUCUACCUGGACCAAGGAGGGGCCCUGGUGGCUAUAAGACACACUCCACUCCCCAUCCGACACCUAUGGAUGAGUUUCGACGAGGGGAGACAGUGGAAUAAAUACAGUUUCACCAUGUCUCCUCUGUUUGUGGACGGGUUGCUAGGGGAGCCGGGGGAGGAGACUCUCAUCAUGACGAUCUUUGGCCACGUCAGUCACCGGUCCGAGUGGCAGCUGGUCAAGAUCGACUUCAGGUCCAUCUUCAACCGGAGAUGUACAGAGGGGGAUUACCAGACAUGGCACCUACACAACCGGGGCGAGCCGUGCAUCAUGGGAGUGAAAAGAAUCUACAGGAAGUUGAAGCCCAUAGCCAGGUGCGUUAUGGGUAAGACAUACUCGGUCACGAUGACCUCGGCGCCCUGCGACUGCACAGAGGCCGACUUUGAGUGUGACUAUGGCUACGAGAGGCGGAGUGACGGCAAGUGCACCCCCGCCUUUUGGUUCCUCCCAUCGUCCAUGUCUAGAAGCUGUACCACAGGGACUACUUUCAUCAACAGCACUGGCUACAGGAAGGUGGUGUCCAAUAACUGCACAGCGGGAGUCAUAGCAGAGUACACGGCCAGGAGGCAGCACUGUCCUACCCAGGCCCCCAAAGGCCUGCACCUCGUCACCAGUGAAGGAAAGCUGACAGCUACGCUGGGCACCAAUGUCACCUUCCUGGUGUUUCUUGAAGAGGGUGACGGAGCCAGGACGAGCAUCAUGGUGGACUUCGGGGACGGUCACGCUCUGACCUACUCCAACGUGAGCUCCAUAGAGGAUGGGGUCAAGCACGUCUACAAGGCUGUGGGGAUCUACCGUGUGUCCGCUACAGGAGAGAACAGGCUGGGGUCUGAGAGCGUGGUGCUGUACCUCCACGUCACAUGUCAGCUGGAGUAUAUCCAUCUCUCCGCUCCCUUUGUGGCAGUGAAGAGUAAGGAAGUCAACCUCACCGCUGUGCUGUGGCCUAGCCAAGUGGGAACAGUCACCUACAUCUGGUGGUUCGGAAAUAACACUGAGCCGAUAAUCACCCUGGAAGGGAGCGUAGCGUGCACGUUCUCCCGGGAAGGCGUCAACACUGUCACCGUGCAGGUGUCCGCUGGGAAUGCCAUCCUGCAGGACCGGAAAACCAUCGCUGUCCACGAAUAUUUCAGGUCACAUCUACUAGCCUUCUCAUCUAACCUGGAUGACCACAACCCCGAUGUGGCCGAAUGGAGACUGGACGUCAGCAGAGUCAUCAAGAACUCCAUGGUCAAAGCCACAGGGGUGAGCCCGGAGCUGCUCCUCGUCACCGUCCUACCAGCGUUGCCCACGGCUGCAGAGUUUUUCCUCCUGCCAGACAAAGGGUUAACAGAGGGCAAGCCAGAGAAGAACUCUGCUCAUUUAGACCAGCUCUCUGAAAUCUUGCUUAGUGCCCUCAACCAAAACCUGGUCCAGUUCACCCUUCGGCCUGGGGUCCAGGUCACAGUAUACGCUGCACAUUUGUCAGCAGCGCCCCUAGUGGACACGAGUGAGAACCACAGCGGCUCGGCCAUGCUGAUGCUGCUGUCGGUUGUGGUUCUGGGUUUGGCGAUAUUUGUCGUCUACAAAUUCAAAAGGAAGAUCCCAGGCCUCAACGUCUAUGCGCAGAUGCAGAACGAAAAAGAACAAGAAAUGAUCCCGAGUCCAGUAAGUCCGACGGAAAGCACCCUGGUGUCCCCGAACACUCCGAUGGAGCUGGUGACUUCUCCGGAGCUUAUGGACACAGACUUGAACACAAGGCCCAUCGGAUGCAUCAAACCUCACGCACAUGUCAAGUUCUCAACGGAACUCCCCACGUACAUCAACAUUUAAAAACUCUGGACAACUCCGAAAACAGCGACUCCAUUCUGUGUCAUGGACUUUUUGAAUCAUUUGAGCGGACACAAUGGUUUUGAGCUUUAUACCUGUGCAUGUUGGACUUUACUGACUUUGCUGACACUUACUGUGCUCUGUGAAAACCAGAAGAAACUGUAUACAGGUUGUUGUUUUUUUAUACGUAAUAUAAGUCUAUCCAAUAAAAAAUAAUUUUUGAUGAAAUGUAUUUAUACAAAGUCAAGUACAUAACUACAAAUGGAAAGCCAGCAUGAUCUAAAGAAGAAAAUGCAUAAAAACAACUCUUUUGGUUAGCUUACUGUAAGUGUCUUACAUCCUUUUUCGCUACUGUGUGUCGCUAACAGAGGUGGUACACUAUUUAUUCAUAAGAAUAUCCUUUAAAGUAUAUAACUGAAUUUAAAAUCACAUUUAUUUUGUAAAUCAUGAAUGUCUGUGAUAUGUGUAUUUUAAUAACAAAUUGCAAACUGAAAAACGAUAUCAAUUAUUAAUACAACCAUUUUGUUUCCGUUCUGUUCACUGUCUCACGAAAAGCUGAUUAUGGCACAAUACUCUUUUGUACUAAAAUGUUUUGUUUUUGCUUACAAUGUAAUAAUUCGAAGACCGAUACAGGGUUUGGUAGUCACUCUUGAUUUGGUGAUUUUAUUGAACUUUGCUGUUAAUCUCUACACUUACGAGCUAUAUUUAAUGAGAAACACUAGUUGUAGGACACUUUGUUUUUUUUCCCAAUGUAAUAGCUUGGCCUGAGAACCGUGGCGCCAUGAUAGGGAAUUCAAGAGAAGCCAAUGUAGAUGCAUUGUGUUUUCAGUUCCCUCUGACACCAUGCAUUAGUUACACUUGAUUUCAUAGAGGAGAACUGGGCAAAGGGCAGUUAUUUGGGGGGCAUCAAAAUCAGUCAAUAUCCUCUCCAAGUAACUUUAUUUCCCCAAAGUUAACUGACGUCCCAAUUUGGAGGUUGCGAAAGUUAACAUGAAAAAUCGCUGCUUUAAGAUGAAAUAUCAAGUGGAGCAUUCACAGCAACGAAAAAAAGAGUGGACUGCCUUUUAGGGCAAGACACACCAGGGUAUUGAAAUGGGAAGAACAGAACUGCAAGUCUAGUCAGGAAUUUAGUUAAUGCAGCCAGUCAAGCUCAAUGCUGGUUAAGGUUGGUGACACAUUUAGGCUAAUGUCCCCCAGUCUCGGCCCCGUGUUCUCCAUCUCUGUAGCAUAUUAUACCCGCUUUCAAGAACCAAAGGAAGUAGAGCGCAGAUGGUAGGGUACAUGGAUGGUUAACUUGUUUUGAGAAGCAGGGCUAGACGCAGUCGAACCCCGAAGUGUUGUUCUGACAGACGUGAUUGUUUGGUUGAUGGUUAUUGCAUUUCAGAAGACCCUUAUUGUCCUUGUCAUUCCAUAAAGACAAUUAUGGAGGGGAAAUUGUUUAAUUUCUGGAAUCUUAACGUAACCAUUAUUCUACUGUAGGUAGAAGCAGCUCUAAGUGACUUGAACUAUGUUGCAUACAUAUUGUAUACACACACACGAACACCCACCCACCAACACACAACCUAGAAUGUAGAGUACCAGUCAAGUUUGGACACACCUACUCAUUCA